CCAACGGCGAGCCACGAAAUCAGUUCGAGGACUCAAAUCUAAACCUUAUGAAGAGCGCCUCUAAUCACUUGACCUUUACUCAUUAGAGCAUAGGCGUCUUAGAGGUGACCUUCUGAUGGCUUACAGUGUCCUUAACACUUCUGGACAUCCUCUUAAACACCUACUUAAACUUAGUCCCAAUACAAACCUAAGGGGUAACACCCGGAAAUUGGAGACACAACAUAGCAGAACGGACUGUAGACACAACUUCUACUCCUUAAGGGUUGUCAAAUGCUGGAAUUCGCUGCCGGCUGAGCUAGUCCAAGUGACUUCCCAGGAGUCCUUUUAAGAGGCAACUUGAUCUAUUCUUAAGGACUAAGGAUAGUAUCUUACUAUGAUUUAAUAAUUUCCUUUUCCUCUUUCAUUGUUAAUAUACCCAGGUUCCUGCCUGUAGGUAUUCGUGAUCCACUGCUACUAGACACGGAAGCCUGUUGAGCGAAAGCUUCUUCUAUUCCGUCCACAACCAUUUGAACCAUUUGAAGGGCGCGUUGGACGUUGAUCUUAUGCGACUUACUCCGCUGAAAGCAAUUUGGGGUGCUGUCUGCGUUGCCAAGUCUUCGAGAAUAACACUGCUAAGAAACAUGACAACAAAAGUUGGUAUAGUUCAAAUGCAAUCAACAGCAGAUAAGGAACGGAAUUUCGACCAGGCGGUUAAGUAUAUUAACCAGGCCAUAGCAUCAGGAGUCAAGAAAUUCAGAUCGUUUUCCUCCCUGAAUGCUUUGAUUUUGUUGGUCGGUCACGUGAGGAGACACUUGAUCUUUCAGAAGUGUUAGACGGACCUUUGAUAACAAAAUACCGUGCCUUAGCUUCUCGAGAAAGCCUUUGGAUUAGUCUUGGUGGUGCUCAUAUUAGGAUCACAGAGAACGAUGAUCAGUUGUACAAUUCUCACAUAGUUAUUAAUUCAGAUGGUCAAAUAGUGGGUGUUUAUCAUAAAGUCCAUUUAUUCGAUGCCAAUUUAAGUACAAACGAAACUACACCCAAUACAGAAGUUAAUUUCAUUCAGUUUUCUAUAAUUAAUCUUUCUUAUCUAUUGUUUUAUGUUGAUGUACUGGAAACCACUGACAGGGAAGUCUUAUUCACUGCCUUCUCGUGGCAUUACUGAUGUUUACGAAAUUGAGAAAACGAAACGCGAAUGUCCGGAGCUUUAACCGGCCUGGUGGGUACGGAUGAUCCACUUAGGGGAGUUAGAAAACCCUCAUUCCAAACCGGUGGUACACGUGCGCUCCAGUAUCCUGAAGGAACAAAUAGCGUAUGAACCAAUCGUUGGUCACCGGCUAGCAUGGGACUUCAUCUCCUGAUGUUGCUCCACUGCCUUGUGGAUUAGUCGUUUAGGUCAAAGGCUCGGGGUGUGGCCCCCUAAGAAAACCACCUGCUUCCGUCUGGGUACUCAGGCACUAUCACAGCCUACACGGAAAUCAUGUGACUUGUGUGGCCCAUAUGUAUUCCAUGCCCCUUUACCAUUAUUUGUAUUCAAAUAAAUAAAUAGAUAAAUAAAGUAUUUGGUUCUGGUAAGGUUCAGCCGUGUGGAGUUAUACUAAUGUAAUUCCUUUUGAUGUUUCUUUAAGUCGUUUAUCAUCAGUAAAUUAAAUUGAUAGCCCAAAUUUUAUGUCCGUUAUAAGACUAAUCUGACUUUAUAGGGUGACUGCGAGAUAUUUGACAUACGUUUAAUCUAUCCAGUAACAUGAAAAGCCUUUAACAGAUUAUUCAGCAUUUUUUUUAAACCAUAAACUUGCCUGUAGAGGUUUGUAAUAAAGCAUGUACUGUUAACCGAAUACAGCGUAGCUCUUGAAUGUACGAAAAUAGUUACCAUAUACUCUAUAUUUUUCCUUUUACUAUUGAAUUAGCAUCACCUAAGUCAAUGUAUCUGCUAGUCACAGUUCAUUGCUAUUUUACUAUAAUACAAAUUUACCUGAUAGACCAUUGGUUCAACAUCGUCUCGUGUAUUUUGUUUAUAAGUGUUCGUUGCUACAUUAUCAUUUAAUUCUGACUCAUUUGUCGAUUAUUUACAAUUAAACUCAUCGAUUAAAAAUUUGUUUUUGUAGUCAACAUGUACGCGAUCAUCGUUUUUUGAGUCGAAAGCGAUAUGUGCUGGUACCGAGGCUCCAAUCGUAAUCCAAAACACCCCUAUUGGAAAUUUGGGACUAGCUAUCGUACGUAACAGUGAUUAUUUUGUCUAUAUCUGACACAAUUUUACUGGUGUCAUGUUAAAUUUGUCAAAAAUCAGACAGUAACAGAACAUCGACACAUAAUAGUAUACGUUACUUUUCAGUUGAAACUCCAGGUUAAGAAAUAUUCCUAAAUGUGUAUUACUCUUAGUUAUUCACCUGGUGAAGACCACCUAGUUUGCAAAAAAUCUUCUUUUCUUUUACAAGUCUAAAAUAAUUGCAUAGCUAAUAUUAAAGAUUAUAGAUGGGGUCAGGGGGACAAAAUAAAUAGUGUAAAAAUAUCUUUUACAGUAUUCAUAUAGGUUAAUAUGACUGGAUAAGUUUAUGACGCAAUUCAUCCAAUAAAAGCCAUCCAAUGAGGUGUCCUAAUAUUAUAUUCUAAAAGUAAAUAUUAGUGACACUGGUAGUUUGACUGACCUUUCGACUGCUAACACCAUCAGCUCGUUGAAUCUCAGACAAGUUAGGUGGUAAUAAAGUUAGAUGCUUCAGUUUAUGUGCAUCACUUAGCUUUUAUCUUCAAAGGUAAAAAUCAACGUAAAAUCUCAAGGAUUUCGCUAGUAGCUGCCGUUUCAAUAGUGAAUUAUGUGCCUGUUCAGUUCCAAUGAGAUAAGAAAAUACAAUGUUUUGAGGAGUAAUUUAGCGUUCUCCAAACUUACUGGUUCUCCAAGAACUGUUUUUGACAAAGGUUUAAGAAUUGAUAUUAACACCAUCCGAUAUUUAUUUUCAGUAUGACUGAAAUAUAUCGGAUGACAGACAUGGUACACGCUUCUCGUGAUUUCUUGUACGUCUGUUUACCAUAUUCAUAGCUGCUUAUCUGGUUUCGACUAAAGACAUUUUAUACGGAGCGUUCAACUCUUACCGAUUCCAUUUUAUGAAGAUACUAAUGCCUAUUAUGUAAUUUGGCAGUCACUUUCAAAAUCAUGCAGUAAUCUGGAACGUCCAUCGUAUGAAGCCUGUUAAUAGUGACUCUAAGUUGUUCGUAUGUUUGUGGAUGGGGUGGGUUCUGAUCCUGUAACUCAGCAGUUGAGAUUUAAGUGCUUGUGUGAGUGUAUAGUUGUUUUUAUUACAAGUUCUUUGUCAGAUGUGUAUUUCACUAUUCCUCUUAGGUUUUACGCUCAAUCAAUAAUUAAUAUUUAAAAAGUUCUUUCCAAAUAAUAUAGAUAUCCUAAUUAUAAAUCGAUUUCUUCCUAGUGUUAUGACAUGCGAUUUCCUGAACUAGCAUCUCAUCUUCGAUAUGCUAAGAAUGCUCAUGUUCUAAGUUAUCCAUCUGCUUAUACUACACGUACAGGAGAAGCUGGUCAUUGGCAUACGUUGAUUCGAGCCAGAGCUAUUGAGAAUCAGUGUUAUGUAGUUGCUGCAGCCCAGGAAGGUAAACAUAACGAAGGACGAUCUUCAUAUGGGCAUAGUUUAGUUGUGGAUCCUUGGGGUCAAAUUAUCACUGAACAGAUGAAUCCUGGUCCUGGUUUAUUAACAUGUGAAAUAGGUCCAUUUACCAUGGUUAAUUCAACAACAUCUAUUAUUCCUAAAAUUUAUCAUGUAAGAAGAUCAAUGCCUGUGGAAUAUCAUAGACGAUUCGAUUUAUUUCCAAUGUCUGACAGUGGGUAUCCUCGUUCUAUACAGUCUGUGGAUUUUAAAUUUGGUCCUCAUAUAAUCAAAUCGGAUUGUGUCUUUUAUCAAUCGAAGUUAAGCUUCGCGUUCGUAAAUAUUAGUCCAUUGGUACCAGGACACAUACUUGUUUGUCCGAUUGCUAGUGUGCAAAGAUUUUGUCAUCUAAAUUUGGCACAAGUCGCUGAUCUUUAUAUGACUGUCAGACAGAUUGCUGAACGACUAGCUGGAUAUUUUUCAGCUACAAGCUUAACCAUAUCUAUGCAAGAUGGAGAAGAUGCUGGUCAAAGUGUGUCACACGUUCACGUCCAUGUAUUGCCAAGAAAACCAAAUGAUUUCCCAGAGAACGAUGAUAUUUAUAAAGCAUUACAAAGUCAUGAUAAAGUGAGGGAUCGCGUCUAUCGAUCACACGAUGUAAUGAGUGCAGAAGCCAAACAACUUCGGCAGUUAUACUACCAAAACACUUCAUAACGUUCAUCAAACCGUUAAUAUUUUUCUUCCUUCUAUCCUACUAUGUACCUCGUUCAUUCCUUUGUUCUGUUUUAAUUUUCACUUUCAUGUUAAUUAUGCAUUAGUUAUUUGCUAUUGAUGUUAUGUACUGUUUGUUGUCUAUAUUACCUUUCUAACUACCCUUUCGUAUUUACUAUUUUCGAUGCUGAAUAAUUAGAUGCGGUAACACGAAAGCGUAAUUUGUUUAGAAGCGAGAUUGUUAUUGUAGUUUUAGUUAUUUCUCUUUAUUACGGACAUAAAAAUAUUUUUGUUUGUUGCUGAUAUUUGAUUUAGCAUUCAGUUUCUUUCAGACUGAGCUAAUAAUCAUUUAUAUUAUUUUAAGAAAAUGUAUUUGUCUUACUAUAAAUACAAGCCUUUCUGUCUCAA